AUGUCAAAUCUUACCAAGCUUGAAUUUGUGGCACUUGAUAUCUCGGGCAAAAACUAUUUGUCAUGGAUCCUUGACGCCGAGAUUCACUUGGAUGCCAUGAAUCUCGGUGAAACAAUUAAGAAAGAAAAUAAUGCGUCCCUGCAGGACCGUGCAAAAACCAUGAUCUUUCUUUGCCAUCACCUCCAUGAGGAAUUAAAAACAGAGUACCUCACGGUUAAGGAUCCACUUACACUGUGGAAAAAUUUGAAAGAACGAUAUGAGCAUCAGAAAACUGUGAUACUUCCAAAAGCUCGUUAUGACUGGAUCUACCUGCGAUUGCAGGAUUUUAAAAGUAAUAAUGAGCUUUUGAUGCAAAACCACCAGUCCCGUCCCACUGGAUCUGUACCAUUCCCAGAAGCGAAUGUAUCAUCAUUUCACUGCCAUGGAUGUGAUCGUGGACGCAGACGUCGUGGUGGUCGUGGAUAUGGUCGCAAUAGAAAUAAUGAUAAUAAUCGUGGUGGUCAUAAUUCCUCAUUGGUUCCCAAAAGGAACUCCACACCCUCCCACCAGAAGUGGAAUUCAAAUGCGACCAAGCAGGCAAAAGAAAAAACUUUGCAGAACAAAGCUCCUGAGAUAUAUAAUGACAAGCCUUGCUAUAGAUAUGGAAUGAAAGGUCAUUGGUCGCGUACCUGUUAUACGCCCAAACAUCUAGUUGAUCUUUACCGUGCCUCAAUGAAUGAUAAAGGAAAAGGAAAGGAAAUUGAAAUAAAUUUUGUGGAUGACGACUUACCAGUUGAUAUUACUCACUUUGAUGUUUCUGACUUCAUUGCUAAUCCUAGUGCUAGUAUUAAUCAUUUGAUUGGUGAUGGAAAUGUCCAUACCAAUUAA